GUGACAGGUCCAGGAGGGCCGGCGAAGGUGUGGCCUCACUUGAACAGCCGCACAGUAUGCAGGUAGACAGCAUAAAGCCUGAUCAGAGCACCGAUAUGCUCUGUUACAGUGACUGUCUGCACUUGGACAAUGAUGCCAACACUCCUAUUGUGGAUCCUCAUCCUAAAUGCCUCACUCAAGCCCUCAGAAAGCCAUGGUCAUGGUCAUGAGUUUGAAGACGUUAAGGACUAUGAGGUGGUUCGACCCAUCAGACUUCACACAGUUAGAAAAAGACAUACGGAGAAUCUCAGGCCAGAGACCAUUAAGUAUGCGAUGAGGGUGGGAGGAAGACACAUUGAAAUGCAACUAGAAAAAAAUAAUGAAUUACUCACCAAAGACUACACUGAGACGUACUACAAAGAAGAUGGGACUCGAGUCACCACAACUCCAAAUGACAUCGAUCACUGCUACUAUCAUGGGAGGAUUGUGAAUGACAGCCAAUCAUCUGUUAGCAUCAGCACUUGUGAUGGACUCAGGGGUUACUUCAGAACAUCUGCCCAGAAGUACCUGAUUGAGCCCCUGUCUAAUGGCGAUGAGGGGGAUCAUGCAGUGAUGACUUUGAAUGAAACAAACUUCACGAGUGCAGUAUGUGGCGUCACCAACACGAGCUGGAGUACUGACUUUGAGCCCCCAACAAGCCGCAGCCGCUCCAGAUUUGGGGGUAAAUCUAUCGUCCAGCAACAGAAAUACAUUGAGCUGUUCCUUGUUGCUGAUAACCGUGAGUAUGUAAAGAUGAAGCAAAAUCAGAUAGAGCUGAGGAAGAGGAUAUUUGAAAUUGUCAACUUUGUCAACAUGGCAUACAAGCCCCUUAAGACAUUCAUUGCUCUGGUGGGGUUGGAGAUCUGGUCCAGCGGUGACUUGAUCUCUGUGACUCCCCCUGCUGGGGCCAACCUUGAUGCUUUCAUGAAAUAUAGAAACUCUGAGCUGGUGAAAAGGCAAAAGCAUGACAACGCACAUCUCAUCAGUGGCAUUGAUUUUGAAGGUGCAACAGUGGGACUGGCUUUCAUUGGGACUCUUUGCUCAGAUCACUCUGUUGGAGUAGUACAGGAUCACAACGACAGGGCCAUUGCAGUAGGAGCGACACUAGCUCAUGAGAUGGGCCAUAACCUGGGCAUGAACCACGAUGACUCGAGCGCCUGUGCUUGUUCUGGGGAUAGCUGCAUCAUGGCUGCAGCACUCAGCUGGAAUGUCCCUCGCACUUUCAGUAGCUGUAGCUACAGCAACUAUGAGAAAUACCUGACAGACCGCAACCCCAGCUGCCUGCUGGAUAAACCAGACUACAACAGUGUGGUGGCUCCUUCAGUCUGUGGGAAUGGGUUCUUGGAGAAAGGAGAGGAGUGUGACUGUGGCACAGUGGAGGAGUGCACCAACCCCUGCUGCAACGCCACCACCUGCACUCUGAAGGCGGGCUCACAGUGCUCAGAGGGCGACUGCUGUGAAAACUGUAAGAUCCUGCCUCGGUCCAGGGAGUGCCGCAGGAAGCAGGAUGAGUGUGAUUUGGAAGAGUACUGUGAUGGGAAGAGUGCCACCUGUCCUGAGGAUGUCUUUGCUGUUAACGGAAUCCCAUGUGACGGAGGACAGGGAUACUGCUACAAUGGCCAGUGUCCAAAAAGGCCAAACCAGUGUGUCAGGAUGUAUGGAUCAAGUGCUAUACAGGCCCGUCAGUACUGCUAUGACCAGAACACCAGAGGAACCUACUACGCCUUCUGCAAGCGUCCCUCAAAUAACCAGUACAUCCCUUGUCAGCCACAGGAUGUGCUUUGUGGGAAGCUCUUCUGCCACAAUGGUCAAGACAACCCAAACUAUGGCCGCAUGGUCAGGUUCAAUGACUGCAAGGCAGCUUUCUUUGACGAUUACACCAAAGAUUAUGGCCAGGUGGACACUGGGACUAAAUGUGGUGAUGGAAAGGUGUGCAGCCAGAAUGAGUGUGUGAAUCUUGAGACAGCUUACAGAAAUACAAACUGUUCAGCAAAAUGCCCAGGCCACGCAAUCUGCAAUCACAGGAGCGAGUGUCAGUGUGAGCCUGGUUGGGUGCCUCCUGACUGCACUUCAACGGAUCAAGCUUUCAGUUCAGUCCAGCUUUCUACUGGGGCAACUGUGGGCAUCGUGUUGGCAGUUUUGCUGCUGGUUUUAGGUAUUGUUGCUGGUGUGAUCGGGUUCAUCUGGAAAAAACGACAAAGCCCUUUUCCAUACACCCAAAGGAAGCAGGAACCAGUGGGCCAAACCAAUUUCAACCUCAACAGAGGGCCAGCUCCUAAUCAGCCCAUGCCAGUGCCACAGGUUGGAAGACCAAAGCCCAAAGGACCUCCACCCCCACCGCCUCCAGCAGGGAACAGACCUAAACCCUCAGCCCACAGUUACACAGCUGCACGUCAGGCUCUGAGGCCAGUGCCUCCACCAAAGGUCUGAUGUCACACAGUGCCACCUUUCAGCAAACCUGAGGAGACAAGAGGCUAGUCCAGAGAAGCAGAGAAGCUUUUUAGUACACCCGUUCUGUCACGACUGUUCCCUCUACAGUUUCUUUUUCUUUUGGUUUUUUACUGCAGUGCUGUCAGAAGCACAAUGGAGUGUGUGUACCAGCUGGGAAAAAACUGGAUUCAAAAACUGGUACUAUCAUGCCAUGCAUGGUGGAACUGUUAUUACAGGGAUGAACUUGUUGUUUUUUAAGGCACUUUUUUAUACUAUAGAGUUAGGGUGCAACUAGAAUUAGCUCCGGCCCUGAAUGUGAGCCAUAUCAUUUUAUACAUGUUGCAUUAUGUCUCAGUAAUGGCACAUAAUGUUGCACAAACGUGGAUUUUAUUGUCAAACAGUAUUUAGAAACUACAAUAUUUUAGUAUUUUAGGUUGUACAUAUCCUAUAUAUCCAAAUA